GGAGGCUCCUCUCAUGUCUCCGCCCACACGCUCGGUGGAUAUCGAGGACGCGAUGCGGCGCGCUGUGGCGUUGGUCCUCCUGACGUUGACGUUUUGCUCCUCAUCAGCAGGUGGCGCCAUCUUCAGCGGCCAGGCCGGGGGGCGCGAGCAGCCGAGAAGACGGCCGCGGCGGCAGACGAAUUUCUCGUCGUUGUCGAGCUCAGGAAUCUGCCAGAAUGGAGGAAGGUCUGUCCCCAGCCUGACGACGGGCCGACACAUGUUCUGCUUGUGUCCCAACGGUUUUGAGGGGACCUUCUGCCAAACGGGUGUGAAAGCCACAACUGCUCCACAAGUACACUCACUUGUCCACCAAGUGAGCGGUGCCGACUGCUACGAAGGCGUCGGGAUUUACUACCGAGGGUUCCGCUCCCAGUCGGAAAGCGGUCGCCGGUGUGAGCCCUGGGACGCCGACAUCAGGCUUCGCUAUCUGAGCUUGGACGUGUAUGGCGGCAGGCACAACUACUGCAGGAACGUGCGCUUCAAGCGUCGGCCGUGGUGCCACGUGUGGAAGGAGCAGCACCUGGUUUGGGAAUAUUGCGACAUCCCUCGAUGUGCCUCAUCCCAAUCGCUCGUGUUGGCAAUGACCACCGCAGCCCCACAGACCACACCCCCGUUGCCACCGACCACUCAGCCACCACGGACCACCCCGCCGGCAGUGACCAACACGUGUGGGCGUCGUUCGCGCCGAAAGCAGAUGCGGAUCGUGGGCGGUUCGGUGGCCCCUGUGGAGUCGCACCCGUGGGUGGCGGCCAUUUUGUGGCGUGGCAGGUCAAAAGACGUGGUCUUCCGCUGCGGGGGGAGUUUGAUCUCCAGCUGCUGGGUCAUGACCGCCGCUCAUUGCUUCCCUGAUGGAUCCCGUGUCAACGAGCGGCGCUUCCUGGUGUCGCUGGGGAAGAGCGCCCUCAACCAGAGCGAUGCCCUCGAGCAGAAGUUCCGCGUGGACAAAAUCAUCCUGCACCCGGACUUCAACAACGAACUGGGAAACUACGACAACGACAUCGCGCUGCUGAAGCUCAAGUCCAAAAAGGACGGCCGCUGCGCCCGGGACAGCGUGGGCGUGCGGCGGGUGUGCCUGCCCGGGGAGGGCCACCAGGUCCCCGUGGGUUUCCCGUGUGAGAUCGCGGGCUACGGCAAGGAGAAGCACGGCUUGUGGUACCACUCGCAGUUCCUGCGGCAGGCGCGGGUCAACCUGCUGGCCGCCGACGUGUGCGGCGCCGACGAUUACUACGGCGACAAGAUCACCAGCAACAUGCUGUGCGCGGGCCGGGACGACUGGACGCAGGACGCCUGCGAGGGCGACUCGGGAGGUCCUCUGGUGUGCCAAGUGGACGGGCGUUUCGUGGCAGUGGGCGUGGUCAGCUGGGGCGAAGGCUGCGCCCGCGAGCGGCGGCCUGGAGUCUACACCAAAGUCCACAACUACAGACAAUGGAUCAGGCAGCACACUGGAGUUUGACCACCGGGGGGGGGGGGGGGGGGGGGGGGGCGAGACACGCGGAUGCUUUUCAUUUUGGUUUUUUUUUUCAAUAUUUGUAAAAGAUUUGUGUUUCUGGUGACAAAGUAAAAUGUGUUAGUCUUUUUUUGGGGGGGACAAGAAUUCAAUUCCAAAUACAUUUACUAUUUUGAAUGAAUGAAUUAUGCAGCACAUUUUCGAGAUUUUUUUUUUAAACACAAAUUCAAAAAUAAAAAGUAACAAUUUGUAAGAUUCAACAA